GCUUCUUAUUUACUUUGGGUUUUUUUUUUUUUUAUAUCUCCUCUCCCCCCCAGAAAAAAACCCAUCAAUUUUAAGUAAUUUUCCUCUCUGGGUUUUGGUUUUUUUCUCAGAUUUUGGGGUUUUUGGUUUGUUGUUGGCCUUUUCAUUUUCAUGUAGGAUUUUCUCAGUAACCAAACAAGAAAAAAGAUCAGUGCAAUGUUGGUGAGAGUUUCUUUAGGUCUUGUUGUUCUUUUUCUUUCGAUUUCAUAUGCUGCUUUUGAAGCUACUGCUAGAAUCCAUUAUGACCGAAUCAAAACUGGGAAUCCCAAUUCCAAUUCCAAUAUUUCCAGUUUGGCUGGAAUUGAAUUCCCAGAUCAUAUGAGCUUCAAUGCAGUUUCUUCUUCUACAAGUACCAAUGGUUGUUCUUGUCUUAAUGAUGAUGAUGAUGGGUCAAAGAAGAUUGUUAAGUUGCACUUGAACCAGAGACAAAUAGAUUCAAAAACAGAGCCAAAAUCCUCUGUUUUAGAUUCAACCAUGAGGGAUUCCAUUAGGAUUCAAGCACUUCAUACAAGGGUCAUUGAGAAAAAGAAUCAAAAUGCCAUUUCAAGGCUAAACAAGCAAUCCAGUUUGAAGCCGGCGAUCGAAAAAGCCGCCGCACCAGAAUCUUACACAGACGGGUUUUCCGGUCAGCUCGUAGCGACUUUGGAAUCUGGUGUUAGCCUUGGUUCAGGGGAGUAUUUCAUUGAUGUGUUUAUUGGUACACCUCCUAAACAUUUCUCUUUAAUACUUGAUACUGGUAGUGAUCUUAAUUGGAUUCAAUGUGUUCCUUGUUAUGAUUGUUUCGAACAAACCGGCCCGUAUUAUGAUCCGAAUGAAUCGAGUUCGUAUCGGAAUAUAAGUUGUCAAGAUCCUAGGUGCAAUUUGGUUUCACCCCCCGAUCCUCCUCUGCCUUGUAAAACAGAGAAUCAAACUUGUCCUUAUUAUUAUUGGUAUGGUGAUAGUUCGAAUACGACCGGUGAUUUCGCGGUCGAGACGUUUACCGUCAAUUUAACGUCGAAUGGGAACUCGGAGUUUAAACCGAUCGAGAAUGUGAUGUUCGGUUGUGGCCAUUGGAAUAGGGGUCUUUUUCACGGUGCCGCAGGGUUAUUAGGCCUUGGGAGAGGGCCACUCUCGUUUGCCUCGCAGCUACAAUCAUUAUAUGGUCAUUCAUUUUCGUAUUGUCUCGUUGAUCGGAACAGUGAUACGAAUGUCAGUAGCAAGUUGAUUUUGGGGGAGGAUAAAGCUCUUCUCAACCACCCCAAUUUGAAUUUCACGUCUUUGCUUACCGGGAAGGAGAAUUCGGUCGAUACAUUUUACUAUGUUCAAAUAAAAUCCAUCCUAGUCGGCGGUGACAUCUUGCCUAUACCCGAAGAAACAUGGCGAUUAUCGACCGAUGGUACCGGUGGUACCAUCGUCGAUUCCGGUACUACUUUAAGUUACUUUGCAGACCCUACUUACAAGAUCAUCAAAGAAGCAUUUGUGAAUAAAACAAAAGGGUACCCAUUGUUGAAAGAUUUCCCAAUCUUGAAUCCAUGUUACAAUGUGUCCGGGAUCGAAAAUGUAGAGCUACCCGAUUUCGGUAUCGAGUUCCUCGACGGAGCCGUAUGGAAUUUCCCGGUCGAAAACUACUUCAUUUGGCUCGAAGACGACGUGGUUUGUUUAGCCAUAUUGGGGACGCCAAGAUCAGCACUUUCAAUUAUAGGGAACUAUCAACAACAGAAUUUUCAUAUCUUAUAUGAUACAAAGAAAUCAAGGUUGGGAUAUGCACCAAUGAAAUGUGCUGAUGUUUAAAAGCUUCAUUCACAUUGUAAAACAAUGGCACAUUAUUUAGAUUAGAUAACAUAUACAAGAAAUCAAAAUUCUUUUU